AAGUCAAAGAAGAAGAAAGUUCCCGUAUGAAAACGCGGAAGCGCAUCACAGCAGCAACGAUGCUGCAGAGAAACUGUUUAAAAACUUUAUACACUGCGCGAAAUGUGUUAUUAACAGUUUAUAUCGCUACAUUUCUGAUCGGUCAUGGAAAACCGGGACUCUGUCAGGAGGAUAAAGUUAAAAUAAGUCCAGAAAGAUGUAUAAUUUGGGGUCCGGGGCUGGAUCCGCGGGUGGUGGUUCCGGUCCGCUAUUUCUACAUUCAGGCGGUGAAUAAAGCCGGAGAAAACAUCACCGUGUCCCCGGGUUCAGACUCGUUCCAGGUGAGUGUGAGCGCUGUCUCUGCACAGGAGCGAGUCCGUGUUCAUGUUCCUGCGCCUCUGGACCGGAGCGACGGCUCCUUCCUCGUGAGAUUCCGGCUUUACUCGAGCGUGGUCAACGGUCUGAAGGUGGAGGUGUUUCACAAACACACACCUGUGGCUCAGUCUCCGUACACACUGACAGGAGCGGUGUAUCAUGAGGACUGCGAUUGUCCCGAUGAGGACGCGGAGGCGUGGCAGAGUGUGAUGAAGUGUCCGAGCGCAGAUCCUCAGAUCGAGCAGGAUUUCAGCGCGUUUCCCUCCAUCGAGCUGCGGCGAGUGAGACAGGAAGUUCCCUCGCGCUUCUCUAACAGAGGCGUCAUUCACUACGCCAUCAUCAACAACCAGCUGCACCGCCGCUCGCUCGGGAAAUACACCGACUUCAAGAUGUUCUCCGACGAGAUGCUGCUUUCACUCACGCGCAAAGUCCGUGUGCCCGACGUCGAGUUCUUCAUUAACGUCGGAGACUGGCCGCUAGAGACGCGCAGAGUUUCCGACGUUCCCGGACCAGUUCCCAUUAUCUCCUGGUGCGGCUCGAAGGACGCCCGUGACAUCAUCCUGCCCACCUAUGACAUCACACACUCCACCUUAGAGACCAUGAGGGGCGUGUCCAACGACCUGCUAUCUGUACAGGGAAAUACAGGUCCUGUGUGGGCGAAUAAAACGGAGCGAGCGUUUUUCCGAGGCAGAGACAGUCGUGAGGAGCGAUUAAACCUCGUCUCCAUGUCCAAGAAAAAUCCCGAGCUGCUGGACGCCGGAAUCACGGCUUUCUUCUUCUUCCGUGAACGAGAGAAAGAUCUCGGGAAAGCGCCGCUGGUCGGAUUCUUCGACUUCUUUAAGUAUAAGUACCAGGUGAACGUGGACGGGACCGUAGCUGCGUACAGGUUUCCGUACCUGAUGUUGGGGAACAGUGUGGUAAUGAAGCAGGACUCUUCGUAUUACGAACACUUUUACGCACACCUCAGGCCCGGGCGCCAUUACUUACGGCUCAGGAGAGAUCUGUCUGAUCUGAUUGAGAAAAUCCAGUGGGCGAAGGAGAAUGAUGGUGAAGUGGAGGCCAUAGCGAGGGCGGGGCAGGCGUUGGUCAGAGAGCUGCUCCAACCUCACCGACUCUACUGCUAUUACUACAUGGUGCUAAAGUGGUAUGCAGAUCGACAGGUGGAUGAACCUGCUGUUCAUCCUGAAAUGGAGCGAGUGAGACAGCCGUCUGACCUCAGCGCAGCGUGCGACUGUGGCAGGAGGACGCGGGAGCGGCCGAGCGAUGAGCUCUGACAGAGGAGGCGCGGAAUCACCGCCGUCUGAGAGCGAGCGUUCCUGCAGAGAGCCUUUCCACCUGACACACUCACCUGCUUCCUCACACGCCUUCAGACACCUGUACAUCCCGUCCACUGUGGGCGUGUCCCGAACCGCACGCCACGUUUACUACAUAGACCACAGAAACACCUUCCCCGUAAACACACAGGAUCCUCGGCUGUGUCUCAUUCAGCAGCGAAGGACUCGUGCAGUGCUGCCUGUAAAAUAGGGACCAUUUCCUUUUGCUGUUCCAUAUGUGCUGAUAAUACGGUGGGUAAAUCAUGUCCUAAUUUUAUAUGAAUCACACACACACACGCACGCGCACACACACACACACACACACACACACACACACACACACAUACACAUACACGCAGAGUGAUUAUAUUUUAUAAGUGAAGAUCCUUUUAGUGUAUUAUAUUUUCUCAAAGAGAAACCAAGUCUGGCUUUUAAACUGAUUGUUUACUGUCCUGUACUGUAACAACUGCAGCAUCAGCUGUGUGUGUGUGUGUGUGUGUGUGUGUGUGUGUGUGUGUGUGUGUGUGUGUGUGUGUGUGUGUGAGAGAGAAAUGCUUGUACGUUUACUGUUUACAUUUCACAACAGAGCUGCUGAGAUUCUGUCUGAGUUAUUCCUCAAUUUGGAUCUAUGAAAUGAAUAAAACGAUUUUUCUC